AUGACGGAAACCAAGACUCCUUCUUCUAAUUCUCGUGAUGACGUACUUCAGUUUCUUGAAACUCUUGAUACGUAUUCGCAAACUACUGCUGCAACAAGCCCUGCUACUGGAGCACCGGGCAGCACACAAGCUGACACCACGCAAUCUGUGCUUGAUUUUCUCGAUCAAAUCACUCAAUCUACUCCUGCCUCUAACCCUUCUGAAUCAAAUCCUAAACAAGGCAGUCAACCCAAUUCUUCUGUAAAACAAAAUGUUUCUGCUGAACAACAAACUAAUCAACCUGAAUCUCAAAAACAAUCAGCUGCUUGGUCAUGGGGUGGUUUAUUAGCGACUGCAACCACCGCCUACCAGACUGCAUCAACUGUGGUUGAUAAUUCUGUUAAAGAGGCCUUAGAAACUGUGCGAACUAAUGAAGCUACUAAAAAAUUUGAGGAAAGAGUUCGUGGAAUUGUAAAUAAAGAUGCCAUUGAAAAAUUAGGUUCCGAUCUCAAAACUCUUAGUCUGAAUACUAUUACAACGGUGGUUAACGCCGUAGUCCCUCCAAUUUCACAAUAUGAAGUUGUAGAAGUUUGGUUGUCUCAUGAUAUGGUUGGGUAUGUUGGUUUAGAAUCUCUCGUAUAUAGAGCGUUUAUGAAAGCUAAUAUUGAACAAGUCAUCAAGAAACACUACAACCCAUCACAAAUUGAUAAUGAAAAAUCCGAAAGCACUGACAAAUCUAUAUGUCCUGUUUUCAUGGCUAUUCAGCCUACUAAAGCAAAUCCUUAUUCUCUUCAAAACAAAUCCGAAACUGAUCCUGAUCCUGAUCAAUACUUAUUCUAUGUUAUUGUUUUGAAUGACCCAACUCAUAACCUCACCUUUAAAACCUUCUCACAAGCACUUCCUGUUAAUUGGUUAGAUGUUCCAUAUGAAGAAAACGAAUGGGUGGAAGCUAAAAUGGUCUCUGUUAUCAAGUUGGCUGUUCAAUCAAUAGCUCAAGAUUAUGUUUGGCAUCGAAUGACUGCAAGUGAUGGUCAACCUCAAUCUAAUGAUGAUAAUUCAAACAUUGCAUCUUAA